AUGACCCACUGCAGUCACAAAGAUGAGCAGAGUGCUGACGGAGCAGAAAGACCCAACGAGGGCCUCAAAAAGAGGAGUAAAGGUGAAAAGCACGUGUCUUUUCCCCCCGAUGAGCAGAUAGUCUCUGGCUUUGCAGAGCCCAAGGACACCAGCAGAAAGGUUGACAGCUGCCUCACCUUGACGGAGGUAAUGGUGGCUUACCAGCAGAGUUGCACCAGACACCAGGUCCAACCCAGAGCUCACAUCCUUCAGCAGCUCCAGCAGGGUGUGUGUGUAGGUGGCGGUGUGAAAUGUCUGGAUCUCCAAGGUGAGCGAUUAGACCUGCGCUCCUGUGAAGCUCUGGAAGUCGUUCUCAAAUCGCUGCACUUUGAUUUCAUCAAUCUGCAGGCAGCCCAACUGGAAGAAAAUGGAGCAUCGUCCUUGCUGGAGAUGAUUCUGUACUAUGAAUCUACAACCCAUCUUGACAUUUCUGACAACAGCUGUAUGGGAACAUGGUGUUGGAGGGCCCUUGCUCAUUUGAUAAAGCAGAGUGUGCGUCUGUCCAGACUGGACGUGUGUAACGUGCCCGUGGUCGACUACCCAGCACGGUCCCUCGCCAAAGCUUUGCUGACCAGCAGCCUCACAGUGCUGCACCUCCACAACGCCCAGCUCAGCGGCCUGCCCCUAUACACACUGGUUGGUGCACUGAAGUCAAACGAGGCUUUGAAAGAACUCCAUCUUACCAACAACCGGCUGAACGGCCACAACGAUGCCCUGCAUUUGGGAGACCUGCUGCGCUACAACACCACUUUACACACGUUGGACCUAAGCAGUAAUGUUGUAGCAGAUGCUGGUUUGGAAGAGUUGUGUGAUGGUCUGAGGUUGCAAACGGCAGGUCUCAGGGUUCUACUGCUGAGGAACAACCAGAUCACUGCAAAUGGAAUGAUCCAUCUGGCCAGCGCUCUGCCCGUGCUGAAGGUCCUGCAAGUCCUGGAUUUGGGGGAAAACCUCCUGGGGAACGAGGGGAUGCAGGUAAUCAGGGAACCGCUGAUGGUGAACUGCUCGUUGCUGGAGCUCAGCCUGGCUCGGGCCAAUGUCACGUGUGAAGGUGCUGUGGCAUUGGCGGAGUUUCUUGCAGAGAGUCGUCAGAUUCUGCGGCUGGACCUCCGUCAGAAUGAAGUAAAGCUUGGCGGCCUGAUGGCUUUGUGUCUGGCCCUGAGGAUCAACCGGUCUCUUGCUUGCCUGAAUGUGGACCACAUACCCCCACAGGAGGAGGACGGAUUUCUGCUGGAGACUCAGACGAUGUUCCAGUCAGAGAUCACCCAGCACUGCCUCGCCAACGCAGCCCACUCCCUUUUCGCCACGGACAUCUCUGGGCCUUCUCUGAGCGGAUAG